AUGCUGCCCACCAUGGCUCUCCCGUCGCAGUUUCAUCCGCACCAUCACAUGGAUCGUCGCCUCCUCGGUUACGACAUGCUGCUUGGAUGUCCACCUUAUAAUCUUCAUGAACACACCAACGCCAGUUCCUUUCAACAUCGUCCCUUCCUCCAGCAAGAUUUCGACCGAGUCGCAACGUCUAUCCCGAGAUCUCGAAAUCAGUAUCCCCAUCCUGUGCAGCGACCGGUGUCGCUCAAUCCAGACACUGUUGAUGCGACCAAAGUGACCAAGGCGGGCGAACAUACAUUGAGGAGAAAGACGCCGAACGGAACGCUAGCAGCAGGUUAUGACGGCACUCCUGGUGAUAGAGCAAUCCAGCCGCCGGCGGCAAAACAUAUCAUAGUUUCAUCCCUCGACUCUCGACAACAACACUCAUCAUCGCAGCCGGUUCCCUCGGCUGACAGCUACACAUGGCAGCCUAUUCCCGUUGAGCACGUAUCACCACUGCACUACCAGAACUUCCCCCCUGCUUUCCAAUCGGACAUCAGUCAGAAUCACACCAACAAUAACAGCUUAUCCGUCGACAAAUAUCAAUCAAGCGCCACAGGGCCGAGCUGGGUUCGGUCUCUGACCUUCCAGCCAGGUGUGGACUCUGUCCUGCAUCAAACACCCCCCGUACCUCAGUUACCUUACUAUCUACAGAAUGGCCCAUCAAUACCCACUGUCUUGCCUUCAUCGCUUCAAUCGCCUCUCGGCCCAACUGCACCCGUUGGGACUGGUCCUUAUGGACCGUACUGGCCGGACGGUGCGUAUAUACCAUACCGUCCUGCUGCACAGAGGGAUUCUCGUUUCAUUGGCCCGACAUUCUCAGCCGACACAACCUCCAACCAUUUGUUCGACUUGCAGACUCCUAUGCUGAAUCAGUCUCCAUCAUACCCGGUAUCAAAUAACUUCCCUGAUUCUGGCUUCUCAUGGAAUCAGUUACCAUCCAGCAAACAUGACCUUCUUUUGCAGCAUAGUAAAUUUCCUCCGCGUCACUCCCACCACCCUUCUUUGGGUAACAAAGACCAGCAUCGCAAUAAUCCACCCUACCAUGUGCGCGCUGCCAGCGGGUUGAAUAAUGCUGCUGCUAGACCUCUUUCACACACUACCUAUAGCAUUCCUCCUCCUCCUCCGUCUCUCGCGGAUCCGCAAUCUCGCGUGCAAACCGCUGAAUUCAAGAAAAAGGUUCUAGCGUGGGCUCAUGGCGUAUACGUUGAUCUUCUUGCCUGUCUCCACCAUGCAAGGAAAAACAGCGUCUCAAACUCAUCUGCAGACGGCAAGCCACAGCGAAACUUGAAGCCCGCCAUCUUCCCCAAACCCCCCCGACAACCUGGACUGGAUUUCUCUGGUCAUAUCGGCAUGCCACGCCACAACAGCUAUCCCUCGUCUAGGUUUGACAUGCCCCCUCAUGGAUCGGGUCGCCAGGUAAAUAAUCGACAGUUCAACAAUAUGCCCAUUUCUGGGCUCAUGUUCGAUCAGCACACUCACAGUAAUUCACAGUUUGACGGUUUCCAUACCAUCCGCAAAUCUUCUGCUACUUCCCUAGCGCAAUUAACGGGCUCUGUUCCGUCCGAGAACACGACCAUGGCUAGCGCUGCCUCUGCUCUUGAAAUGCUAUCUCAUUUGUGCAAUGAAAGCAAUUGGGAGUGGAUUGACGGUAUGCUGCUUGGUGGUUGCUUGGCAUAUGGCCUAGGAGAUUAUCAAAAAGCGACUCGUUGGUAUUCUAGGAUUAUUGCUCGAGAUUCCAGACAUGUUGAGGCUAUCAGCAAUCUUGCCGCAACGUUCCUUGCAUUGGACCAAAAAGAUGAGGCACUUCAACAUUGGCUACGUGCCGUCAAGUUACGGCCUAGCUAUUUUGAAGCCGUUGAACACCUGAUCAAUUUGUUAUGCACUAGUCAUCGUGGAAGAGAAGCCGUGAACAUUAUAAAAUUCGUCGAGAACAGUCUACGUGUGCCACGAAAUGGUGAUUACUUGCGAUCCGACGAGCAUGCAAGCGAAACUGAAAGUGAUGCCGAGAGCACAAAUUCGUAUGAUCGCGUUGCUUUCGAUUACGACAAUGAUCUAGAUCAUGCUUUGACCAUGAGGAUCAAUCUUAAUGAUUCUAUCUCGGCAGGCUUUGCGUCAAGUGGAUUCGCGAUCCCAGGUUCGGACAAUGGUAGAAUCCUUGCACUCGUCCAUGCCAAAGGUAAUAUGCUCUACGCUCUGGGUGAUAAUGCAGGUGCCGCCGCUGCUUUCGAGGAGGCUAUCUUGAUUGCUUCAGGCCGCAGAUGUCGCGGAAUCACUGGGUUGAUUAAACAGAUUGUCGAUGCUUUCUCCCGUAACGGAUACGGUCGGUCUACUGGCGAUGAGGAUUUGAGCGGAAAUCCUCUUCUACUUCCUCCGGAAAAGGCAACUCAAACCGCUACUCUAGUUUUCCCGCCUUACGGAUAUCCUCCAGGUCUUGAGUAUGUGGCUGAGGGUUUGGCACGGAAAGCUGCAAUCUCGACUACCAGUAAUUCAUUACUUUCGUUGGCUAAGAUAUAUCAAGACGGCAUGUCGAGUAUAUCUACCAGGGGUAUUCCAAGGGGGGCCUCAUCCGGUGUUAGAGAUAUCCUGGCUUUGUACUAUCUCUCGUUAUCCCUCCAACCUAGUCCAUCCACCGCGAACAACGUCGGCAUUCUCCUCGCCAGCCUCCAGCAUAAUGGACCGGCCAAGGUACGGCCACGCAGUAUCACCGGGAAGUCUUUGAUACCAGAAAUACCCGGUGUUGCUCCUGAUAGUGGGAUUGCGCUUGCUUUAGCAUAUUAUUCGUAUGGAUUGACACUCGACCCUAAGCAUGCGCAUCUGUACACGAAUCUGGGCAGCUUGUGGAAGGAUAUUGGCCAGCUUCACGCCGCUAUUCGCAUGUACGAAUUAGCUGUCCAAUACGACGGUAAUUUUGACAUUGCGCUUGCCAAUCUAGCCAACGCCGUCAAAGAUGCCGGGCGCAUCAACGAUGCUAUCGUUUACUAUAAAAGGGCUGUCAAAGUCAACCCGGAUUUUGCGGAAGCAGUUUGUGGACUGGCGAAUGCUCUUAAUUCUGUAUGCAACUGGACUGGUCGAGGGGGUGUUCUCAAUGGAUAUGGCUUUACGGAUCAGGUGCACGUUGACGAUAAGGGAAUGCCUCGAGAUGUUGAAAGCGUCCAAGUCGGCUUUGGGUGGAUGAAGCGAGUGGCCGAUAUUGUCGAUAAGCAGUUGAAGGAUGGAGAGACGUGGGGUCGGGGUAUGCUCACGACGGCUGCAAUCGAACAACUAUGUGCCCAAGUAUCGUCCAUGGCACAGUAUAACGGCAACGCGCGGAAGUUGGUUUCAUUGUUACAGUCCUGGGCUGGUCAGAAGUGGGAAGGAUCGAGGAUUGUUAGACUUGUGGAGCGUAUCAUUCGUUCCAUCACUUGGCAAUGGUACCAGGAUUUUCAUGUUCACGGCAAAGAAUAUCCACUGUCUAGGUAUAGGCGGCCUCAGCUACCGGCUGGUCUGUCGGCACCGAACGCUCCGACCGUGCUUCCUUUCCAUACAUUCACCUGCCCUCUUUCUGCGAAACAGAUUCGGCAUAUUUCGCAACGCAACGGUCUGCGUAUUUCUAGUGCUACACUCCGCUCUCCUUGGCUGCCACAAACGGUGUAUCCUCCGCCAAAUCCGCCACAACCGUAUUUGAAGGUUGGAUACGUGUCGUCGGAUUUCAAUAAUCAUCCUCUAGCACACCUUAUGCAGUCUGUGUUUGGAUUCCACAAUCCUAAUCGUGUCAAAGCUUACUGCUACGCGACAACUGCCAGUGACAACUCUACACAUCGUCAACAGAUUGAGCGUGAAGCGCCGCAGUUUUAUGAUGCGAGCCGUUGGCCAAUUGACCGACUGGUAGACCAGAUUGUCCGUGACGGAAUUCACAUUCUGGUCAACCUUAACGGAUAUACUCGAGGUGCGCGCAAUGAAGUCUUUGCAGCUCGUCCAGCCCCGAUUCAAAUGUCCUUUAUGGGCUUUGCCGGUACACUUGGAGCCGAGUGGUGCGACUACAUUCUCGCAGACGAAUUAUCUAUUCCGCGUGACACAUUGAGCCCUGGAAGACGCGAGUACCGUAUUGAAGAUCACAUCUUUGAAGAUGACCAUGCGGAAGAAAUGGAGAAUUGGAUGUAUGGCGAAAGAAUUGUUUAUACUCGAGACACGUUUUUCUGCUGCGAUCAUCGACAGAGUGCGCCGGACAACGAUGCGCCGCAUAUUGCAUGGGAGCGAGAACAGGAGAGACGAUGGAAGAUGAGAAAGGAGCUUUUCCCGAGUCUUCCGGAUGAUGCCAUCAUUCUUGGGAAUUUCAAUCAACUCUACAAGAUUGAACCGACAACAUUCCGUACAUGGCUCCGUAUUCUGUCCGACAUCCCCAAAGCAGUUUUAUGGCUAUUACGCUUCCCCGAACUCGGCGAACAAAAUCUCAAAGACUGCGCCGUCAAAUGGGCAAACGAAGAAAUCGCCUCACGAAUAAUCUUCACCGACGUCGCGCCAAAACAAGCACACAUCGCACGUGCACAAGUCGUCGAUUUAUUUCUCGACACCCCCGAAUGCAACGCCCACACAACAGCAGCCGAUAUCCUCUGGAGCGGAACACCAAUGCUCACCUACCCACGCUACAAAUACAAAAUGUGUUCCCGCAUGGCAUCAAGUAUCCUGAGCAGCGCACUACCCGAUACCGAAGCAGGCCAUCAAGCCCGCAAAGAACUAAUCGCCAUCUCCGAUGAAGAUUAUCGCGCAAAGGCGAGUCGAUUAUGUCGCGACUUGCAUUACCCUUCUUCUUCUUCUUCCUCCAAAACUGGUAGGGGUGAAGGCAGACUGGUCGAAUUACGUAAAAUGCUAUUUACGCAUCGAUGGCAAAGCAGAUUGUUUGACACGAGGCGUUGGGUUAAUGAUUUGGAAAAUGCAUAUGAGAGGGUUUGGAGUGCUUGGGUCAAGGGCGAAGAGGGUGAUAUUUGGUUGUAGCUUUUUUUUCCCUCUUCUUUUCUUUUCGUCUUUUCCAUAUACCCAUGGGUUUAUGUUUUCAUCGUGAUUUUAUUUAGUUGAUUGAUUGGCUUGGCUUGGCUUGGCUUGGAUUGGAUUGGAUUUUUUUUUUAUUCCCCCUUUUGCGUUUUGGGCAUGUAUGUUUUGGUUUAUAUGUAUGGGUCAGGUAUCAUCUGUAUACUCUCGUAUUUAUUUUCACUGAUUGAUUGCACGCGAAAACGGAAGUGCAUAGUAUUCUUUUCUCUUGUGAGGGAGAUUCGAUCACAGGUUUAUAUCAUGUAUACAUUGCUGUCAGCAUACCUGCUUCAUCCAUGAAUUAAGACCAGUUUCGUGGGCAUCAUUCAUUUCAUAUUAGACUAUAUUUGUAGGUCGAGAACUAGCUAUAAUUCAACAACGAUUCCUGAGCCC